AUGUAUGGCAGGAAUCCAGGAUUAGGUGGAUAUACUUUGUGUUUGGCGUUGUUUUGGGUGCUUGCCAUAAUCAGCAUUGGAGCUGCAGUUGCUGACGAUGGCGUUGAGGAGUACACAUUCUGGGAUGACGACGUCGUAGUCGAUAUUGACACUGAACGAUCUAUUAACUUCCUGAGCUGUGCCUGCUAUGGACUCUCUGAGCUCAGGGAGGUUGCCCUGCGAGCAGGAGCACCGGGAAUUGAAGACACACCAGACGGUCUUGGGGAGAGGCUGCUGAGAUCCAGGGGCAACUGGCAGAUCCUAUCAGCAACGCGCCAUGUUAUACUCCCUACACAGCCAGUACACGUCAGCCACCUUAUGGUGCUGAAGUGCCUUAGGCAGGAAGGGUGUAACGAUUUUUUGUUCAUCCUGCCAUUCCACGAGGCCAUGCAGACUAACGGUAUCACCGCCAUCGACGGCGAUUCCAAAUCAACGUUACAGGUCAAACUAAUCAGAGAUAUUGCGCGAGUAAAGAACGAUUGCGUUCACGUCCUCCCUGACGAUCAGUACCAGUCAUUCAAAGACGAUGCCACCUGCAGGGAUUCAUGCUACCCGGCAGUUUACCAAGUGCAGUUGGAGGAAACGAUACAGCCCGAAGCCACAACAAAAGUUAGGGUAGAAUACUAUCUGGGAAAGCCGUAUAGUCCCUGGCAGUCCCGCCUGAAGUUAGGUGAACAGCAACGGGUUGCCUUCGGCAUCACCACACUCCUUCCAAGCGCCUAUCACUCCAUCUCCCAGAAAACGCGGUUCAUCGUGAUGUCUGAACUAAAUAUAGAUGUGGAGUCGUUACACGUCUACGCCACUCUGACCGAGAUAGCUGAGAAUAUCUUCCUGUGCGGUCCGUUCGAAAAGGUGGAGCUGUUAUCGUCCGGGGAGCCUAUGGUUCUUACCAUCGACUGCAACGACAGUCUGGAAUAUAUCCCAGAACUGCACAAGCGAAUCAGCGUCCCUAUGUGCCCUUUCAGUGGCCAUAUCCAGAUUGCGGAGCACUACGUAGUUUACAACGAUGCGUCGCCGGUAGAGGGCCACUUUUCGCUGGAAACAUUGAGAGAAAUCGAUAGGAAUGAGGACAAUCACCGUGGCGGCGGGAAUUUUGUGACAUACAUGGAUGCGCUGUUUCCGCAGCAGGCCUCCAAACUCAGGUACUUCGACGACAUAGGGAAUAAUGCACGGGCGUACCUAAUCGACAAGAAUGCGUCACACAACUACAAAUCCGUACACGUAGGUGAUAUAUGGCUAGCGGCUCAACUAUGUGCAGCUGCUUCCGAGGUACCCGCUGCUGGGCGGAUGGAAGACAUCGUUCACGGUGCAGUACCGCCUGCCGAAAUGCAUACUGAAAUCAAGAAAGGAAUUAGGAUAUACGAGAAUAGAUAG